AUGGCUCGACGUGUCCUUGAAAUGAGUGAAAAUGUAGUCACAACCAAUCGAUUAUUUCAUGCUCAGCGAGAAUUGCGAAUGGUUCGACGUGUACUAUUACAUGUGCUUAUUUUAGUUAUCAUUGUUUUACCUUAUGUGAUCUUUGUUCUUAUGUCAUUUUUCCGCAGUGCACCAAAAUAUAGUUUCCGUACCGCUCAUACAUUUAUCAGUCCAGAUUUGGUGCUGCUGAAGUUUGUUCUUCUGCAAAUGUCAGAAUCAUUGCAAACUUCUACAAUGAAAAGAAUACAUGGUCGACUGGUACGUGUUAUCCGAACUGUGGCAUAA